UGCGCUUUUUAAAACAUUACACAUCAAAUAUUCCAUUGUUCACUAGACAUUUCCUCGAACUUUGAAUAGACCAUAACGUGACGAGGAAGACAAUUGUUUUCCUUAGUUCUGGUUUUGAAAGGGGCUACGGAGGCGUUGCGCGCUUGGUGGUCCUCCUCUUCGUGGCUGUGAUCUGCACUUCGCUCCUGGGGUCUGUACGCACGGCACAGUGACACGGACACCACCGUCCCGCUUAGUGGGGGAUGAGGCGUGUUCGCGUCUGCUUCGCGCAUCCUUGCUAGAAAGCCCCCGUCCGGUGGAAUAAAAGCGCCGGGAGGCUCGAUGGCACAGACAGGCAGGGCGCACCGUUGGUGGGGAUGUCUGUGAAGCGUAAUCCAACUGUAUCAGAAAUAUGUAGACGCCGAGGAUGAGGUCUGCAACGGCGCCGGUAAAUCUAGAACGGGUUUAAAUGGGAAAUCUGAUGGGCAGUCUGAAAUACAAAGAUCCAAGCACUGUGGAGGAAUGUGACUCGACAUGGGUAACGGACUCGGAGGACGACACUUAUGAGGGGGAAGAAGCAGAAGGCAGCUUCUCCGGAUGCCCUGGUCCUUCAGGACCAAGGAGAUGUGGCGAACAGUCGGACAGCUUUCCGCAGUUUGGUGACACAGCUGAGUCAUCCAUAAAGAUGAAAAGAAGCUUUCAUGCUGCCAAGGACCUGUACAAGUACCGCCACAGUUAUCCAAACUACAAGGAGCCUCGGCAGCCAAACGAGUAUUGCAAUCUGAGGUUCUAUUUGAAUAAGAUUCCUCUGGUUCCAGAUGGAAUCUAUAUCGAAGAGAUCCUCUCCAAAUGGAAGGGGGACUACGACAAGCUUGAGCACAAUCACACAUACAUUCAGUGGCUCUUCCCACUCAGGGAACAAGGCCUCAAUUUCUAUGCCCAGGAACUCACUCAGGAUGAGAUCAAGGAAUUCCUAAACAUGCGAGAGGCAAAGCGCCGCUUCUUGCUGGCGUACACCAUCAUGUUGGACUUCUUCGGGAUUAAGCUUCUGGAUAAGAAUGGGAACGUGGCCCGUGCUGCGAACUGGCAGGAUCGCUUCCAGCACCUGAACGAGUCACAGCACAACUACCUCCGGAUCACGCGUAUCCUGAAGAGCCUGGGCGAGCUGGGCUUCGAGGCCUUCAAGCUGCCGCUGGUCCGCCUACUGCUGCAGGAGGCUCUGCUGGAGGGCACGCUGCCCAACAUGCGUCACAGUGCCCUGGAGUACUUUGUCUACACGGUGCGGGCGCGCAGCCAGAGGCGUGGCCUGCUGCGCUUCGCCCAGCGCCUUUACCAGCCCCCCGAGAACUUCAUCUGGGGGCCCCCCAAGAGGAGGCGCCUGCCCGGGGUCGGGGUGAAAGGGAGCAGGAUGGAAGCAGCGGCGGCGGCCGACAGGAGCGUCAGCCAAACCACGCCUCCCGUGCAGGGGAGGCCGAGUAGCCCCAAGGGAGAGAAGGCGAUGGGGUCCAGAAGUGCUGAAGGGCCACGGGAGGGUGGACCAACAGGAGUACACUGAAAUUCUUCCUCUGUAAGUGGGAGGUCCAUGGAAUGAGCCUGAUCUUAGGAUUGACACUUGGCUCAAUUUGGGGCAAUAGAAAUGUGCUUGACCCAAAGCAAUAUUAUUCCCUGCCUUGGUAUUCAGUCCAGAGCUAUGGGAGAAAGUUAGGGCUCUCUUGGCUUUGAGUAAGGCAUCACCAACUUUCAUUUUAUUUACUGUCAGGUUCAAAGUAAUAGAUUGCGUUUUUCUUGUUUUGCUAGUCUUACCUAACCGUAAUAUACACUUUGGGGAUCUUUAGCACAUACAUAGAUGUAAAAGGUUGUUACUUAACAUGAUUUUGUGUGCGUGCUUGUGUGUGUGUGCGUGUGGCUGUGUGUUGCACAUUUGAGCUAUCCAGUCUUCCUCUGUGAGACAUUGUGAGAGUAGUUCAGGCACAGGUAGGUUUGCCCUGAACCUCUUGUGCCUGACUCUCCAGUAGAUCUGUCACAUUCCUCUUCCACAGUUCCUUGUAGAAACAUAUCACUUUAAAGAAUAGUGUGAACAGAAGUAUUGCAGAAGUUAGCACUACCAAGUUUGUAUGUAAAUGUGUGUGUGUGUGUGUGUGUGUGUGUGUGUGUGUGUGUGCAUGGCACCUCUUCAAUCAGUUUGUGCAGAGUUUUGCAGUAUCAAGUGCCUCGGUGAGUAAAUUGCCUCGUGCUGCUCAGCCCAACUCAGCGCUGUUAGAAAAGGACAAUCAGGAGAAUAUGAGGUCACCAGCCUCCCAGAAAGUGCACUCCUUAGACAUGUGACAUUUGGGUAGGGGAGUUUUCUCAUAGAACCAUAACUCAGCCAAACAACCAUGUGAUAAUCCUGUGUGUGUUUGUGUGUGUGUUUUGUCCCCGAGUGGAUGCACAGCAAGUUGUUUCGUAAGGCAUGCUUGUGGAUGGGAGGGUGUCUGAAUGCAUGCCUGGCUGAUGAUUGGUACAAGUACAGGUAUAGGGCAUACUGCGUCCUCUCGCACAGGUAGUGGAGAGACCGUAGCCAUCUGUUUCCUGCGCUCCCACGGCAGUGUGUGUGCGUGUGUGCUUUCAGAGGACUCAUGCAUAAAUGGGCACAAGCCCAUCUCAACGCAACACACAUCUUACCGUUUCUGUUUCUUGUAUGUUGUGUGUGUGUUGUGUGGUAGCUGUGGUCUCUCUAUUUAUGUCAGGCACUACAAAUGUGUUUUCUAAUGUUUGAUAUAGAAUAAGAUGAGAGAUUUUUUUUUUUAUUGUGACCUGCUAUAAUAAAACAGCUCUU